AUGGAACAUGAGGGCUUGCGGAGAUUGCCACACAACUGUAUUGCGAGUAUCUUGCCAAGGUCUUCGCUAUGGGGGUCGGGCAUUGGAAUCACUGCCGGCGUGGUUGACGCUGGAUAUGAAGGCGCCAUAGGAGCUUUGCUGGAGGUGAAGAAUCCUAGCGGGGUGACGUUGUACAAAGACGUUAAGCUAGCGCAAAUUGUCUUUGAGGAGUUGGGAGAAGCUGUCGAAGGGUACAAUGGGAUAUACCAAUCCUCAACCACUAGUACUAGACGGGAUGGAGCAACGAAAGUGUAA